CUUUCAAUUGCAAAUGGCAGAAAAUCGCGGGUGCCGGAAUUAUUGUUCGGAAUUUGUCAGGCUUUCGAUAUCCGCAAGCUUGAAAACUGGAUAAAAUGUCCAAAACAAAAGUUUCUGCGGAAUGGAAAAAGCGUGUGAAAUCAGAAUACAUGCGACUGCGACAAUUAAAACGCUACAAACGCGCUGACGAGGUCAAAAUAGCCUGGAAUCAAAACCGUAAGGUUAUGACAGAGUUACUUGUCGUUGAGCAAAAACGUUGGACAGAUGGAAAAGCAAUGUGGUUGGCGAUGCAGGAAAUUCCUUCUCACGUUUCAUGCAUGAAGAAAGCUGAGGUUUCUAGCUCCGACGGGGACAUUCAAACUUGUCCGGUGAAAAUAAUAAAUGCUGUCACGCCAAUACCAACCAUGUAUACAUGGGCUCCCAUUCAACAGAAUUUUAUGGUUGAAGAUGAGACGGUUCUUCAUAAUAUACCAUACAUGGGAGACGAGAUACUCGAUCAAGAUGGCACAUUUAUUGAGGAACUGAUCAAGAAUUAUGAUGGAAAAGUUCACGGUGAUCGGGAAUCUGGAUUUAUGGAUGACUCGAUAUUUGUGGACUUGGUAAACGCAUUGAUGCAAUAUGAGAAGGAUGACAGAGAUAAGGAAUUUCCAAGAAAAGGAAAGGAACUAUCGAAAGAGAAGGAAAAUCCAAAAGAGGAUGACUCAGAACCUGCAGAAACCGAGAUACUAAACGUAGAAGUGAAGUUAGAGAAAAUUGACGAAGAUACAAAAGAUUUGAAGGAUAAGAAUGCAACUAAUGCUUCUUUUCCAUCCAUGCACAUAUUCAACGCAAUAUCAAGUAUGUUUCCCGACAAAGGUCGGCCCGAGGAGCUGAGAGAAAAGUAUAUCGAGCUCACCGAAAGAUCUGAUCCCAACGUAUUGCCACCAGAAUGUACUCCAAACAUAGAUGGUGUUAAUGCAAAAAGUGUUCCUAGAGAGCAAACUAUGCAUUCCUUUCAUACAUUAUUUUGUAGAAGGUGUUUUAAAUAUGAUUGUUUCUUGCAUCCAGCCAAGGGAAUCUCACCGCAAGGCCUUCAAGUAUGCCAUCCAGGGCCAAAUCUUCAAAAGCGAAAGGGACCAGACUUGAAGCCGUUCGCUGAACCCUGUGGACCCGAAUGUUACAUGCAUCUGGAAGGUAUGAAGGAAAAGUUAGCGGCGCAAGCUGCAGAUAUAAAAGAGGAAGAGGGAGAUGAGAAAAGGGCAGGGCCAAGAAAGGUCAGGAAACAAGCCAGCGUUGAUUCCGGCAAUGAGGCUAGCAGCGAGGAUAGUAACGACAGCAAUAAAUACAGUCAAGGAGGAAGUUGCCAAGAUUUCAAACAGAAUUUAAACAAGGAAUCAAAACCUCCUUUGAUAUCCGAGAAUCAGGCCCAACCUGAGAAUCAAACACCGUUUACGCUGCUGGGUUUUGACAAGGUGUCUGCUCCUCAAAGUGAAUUUUCUUGGACUGGUUCGGAACAAAGUUUGUUCCGAGGAUUGCAGAAAGCAUUUCCCGGCAACCCAUGUGCCCUAGCACAAAUUAUGUUGACUAAAACAUGUCAGCAAGUUUAUCAAUUUGCGCAGAAAGAAGCUUCGGACAUCCCUGCCAUAGAAAGUCUCAAAGAUUUCACCCCCCCUCGUAAGAAGAAAAAGAAGCAUCGUCUUUGGUCAAUGCACUGUCGGAAGAUACAGCUCAAAAAGGAUUCAGGCGCCAACCACGUGCAUAACUUUGCACCCUGCGACCACCCAGAACGUCAGUGCGACAACUCCUGCCCCUGCAUUCAGGCCCAAAAUUUUUGCGAAAAAUUCUGUCAGUGUAGCAGCGACUGUCAAAAUAGAUUCCCAGGAUGCAGAUGCAAAGCCCAGUGCAACACUAAACAGUGUCCAUGUUACUUGGCGGUCAGAGAAUGCGAUCCUGAUUUAUGCCAAACUUGCGGUGCCGACCAAUUUCACAUCACCAAGAUUUCCUGCAAGAAUGUUAGCGUUCAGCGUGGACUGCAUAAACAUCUGUUGAUGGCUCCGUCCGAUGUUGCGGGCUGGGGAAUAUUUCUGAAAGAAUCCGCUGCAAAAAAUGAAUUCAUAUCAGAAUAUUGCGGUGAAAUAAUAAGUCAAGAUGAGGCUGAUAGAAGAGGCAAAGUUUACGACAAAUACAUGUGUAGUUUUCUCUUCAAUCUCAACAACGAUUUUGUGGUAGACGCAACCAGAAAAGGCAACAAAAUACGUUUUGCUAAUCAUUCCAUAAACCCGAAUUGUUACGCCAAAGUUAUGAUGGUCAACGGAGAUCACAGGAUUGGAAUAUUCGCUAAAAGAGCGAUUCAACCUGGAGAGGAAUUGUUCUUCGACUACAGAUACGGGCCGACGGAGCAGCUUAAAUUUGUUGGAAUCGAAAGAGAGAUGGAAUUUUUAUAGCAGAUACCAAAUACAUCGGCGAAGUUGUAAUUUUUUUUUACUCCUUGAAGCUUAAAAACCUUCGGUUCGGUGUAUUCGAUGGACACAAGAAUAUUGGAAAUUUUCUGUCAACUUUUAUUUUGAAACGACCGGACCUUGCUAACCUGUGCCAAACAGGUGCUGUGUUCACUGUUGUGCUUAGAUAAUACGUAAAAGAAUCGUGAUGAAAUCGAAAGAAAAUGAAAGAAAAAUAAGAGAAAACAAAUAACCCUUAGACCAAUAAACAAUUGUUUUUGAGAA